AGAUGAAGAAUUGAGAAAAAUCUUGGCUUUAUCCGUCGAAACAGCGGAAAUCGAGGAAAAGGACCGCAAAAGGAAACAAGAGGAAGAAGCCUUGAUUCUCGCUGCUUGUAGCAUGGACAAGGACAAUGAACAGGAAGAAAAGGAAACGGAAGAAGCCUUGACAAUGACAGGGAAUGCGGUAGCUGAAUCUACUAGUACUAUGUUGAUCGAAAAGACUGAUCAUGCUGGUGGUCAAGAACAGGAAGAAAAGGGAGAGGAAGAUAACGAGCUCCGUGUUGAAGAGGGAGCAGGAGCACCAGGUGGAACAGUAGCUGCCCUAGGCCUAGAAGAAGUAGGACGAGCUGCGAUAGAAAAAGAAGACCCUCCUGGUAGCUGCAUUCUGGAACCAGAUCAAGAUCUUCUUGCCCUCGCUGCUGCUGGGGAGAAGCCGAAUGAGACGAGUGGCGGUGCAACAUCUUCCAAAGCAGGAGGAGAAGAAGUUGUACCAAGAAAGGAC